UAAUAUGAAGUACUCACCAAAGUUGAUCCAAGCCAAAACGAGGCGACGGAAUACAAUGGACAGCUUAUAUUUCACUGAACUUAUGGAAAGAUCAGAAAAUAACACACAGCAGGAAACUGACCAGCUUUCACGUCCAGAAACAAACAGACGCUGCAAGCGGAUAAUGCAGUUAUUGCGUGGAUCAGAGCGAGAUCUGAAGCUGGAUGUUUCAGACAUGGAACAUGCUGCAUACACUAUGGAAAAUGGAGGUGAAGACAGAGCUGAGAGCCUGCCUGCCGUGCCUCCACAACCAGCCAUAAAGGUGGAGACAUGUAAUCGAUUCUUAAGCCUCACAUCAAAACUGGUUGCCUGCAAUGUAUUGAAAAGCAAAGACCUCAAAGAAAAACCUGUUGACUGUCCAGACAGCCGAGUAGAUUUCUACAAUGUGUUCUCUAAACUCAUCCGCAUGGGCAGUAGUGACAAACAAAAUGAUAAAAAUCCAAGAAGACACUUGAGCCGAGAAGAACAUUUGUGGCAGAAUGAAUUAAAGGACCUGAUCUGGUUAGAACUGCAAGCGUGGCAUGCAGACAGAACACCCACCGAGCAAGAUGAUUAUUUAUGCAAAGCUAGACAGCAUGUUGCAGAUCUGCUGAAUGACAUUAUGGUCUACAGAUUUGAGCCAAAAGUAAUACCAGCACCUGUGUCGACAUUAGAAGGUGACUCCGUGCAGCUGCCAGCACCACCAGUCUCCACUCAGUCAAGUGACAGUGGUGUUAGCGGUGAUGGAAGAGAGGAUUGUUGCGAGCCAUGUAGUAUUUUGAACAACAAAAACAACAAAUGUAUGUGUGCCGGCUGCCUCUCCAUGUACUGCCACAGCUGUGUGGAUAUCCAGAACCAGGCACUGAAGGAUGUGGAGAAAUUACUUCAAAGACUGGAGGCUGCUGAAGCCCUCUAUCCAUCAAGCAAAGCAUUUGCAUCCCAGCAUCCUCUCUAUAAAUGCUCACAGUUUGUAGGAAGGGUCAAGGCAAUGUGCUUAUGGUACAACAUGACAAAACAUCACCGUCUUAAAAUGUUGAUCAUUGGGAAGCUCAUGUAUCUUCAUCAACCAAAAAAUUACAAUUGGCCUCAAGUAGGACCCUUCAAUGAAGAUGACCCAAAUGUGUCAUCAGGUGUGGGAACGGAUGUGAGUGACGAUAGUUCUUACCAUGAUAUGCAUCCUGCUGCCAGCAGUGGUUCAAUUGAAGGGAAACCAUUCCGGUUUCAUAACAGAACUAUUCAGUUUGAUGUAGACAGCAGUAGUCCAUCAGAUUCAAAUAAUUCAAAUUUGUCACAUGGUACGACUACUACCUCAUCAUCAGAUGGAGGAAUGGAACUUACAGCAUGCCCAGUGAUAGAUUUUUACAGUGCAUCAGCGAUUGCAAGCAUGGGCUCAACAUUUUGUUCCUCAAAGGAAUCAACAUACCCUUAUAGGAAAUAUAUGGAAGAAGUUCUGAAAACAAGAGGUUUGAGGAAAGCAAUAAACUUCUUAGAAAAGCUGCACCAUUAUGUCCUCCGAAAGGCAAUGAUAACACUGGCAAAACCAUCUGAAUCUGCUCACCUCAUCAUAGAUGAUAAUGACACCAGUGGAAAGACUGAUGAUUCAAAAUGUGAUUCUUCGCCUUCCGAACAAGAGAUCACUCUGGUUGAGACUGCCGAGCUUUCUGAAUAUGAUGAGGAAGAGGACUUACGCCGGUAUGGUUUUUGGAGCCAUGAGACACAAUCUCUUGGUCUACCAUCGUACCGUGCAGCUUUUAUGUUCCUGUCACGUAUUCCACUUGAAAUGAUUAAUGAGUUCCUUCGUAUGCGGCUUGAACAAAAACCGAACCAGCCAUCAGUGUUGAGUAUUCGUCAGUUAAUGAGAGAAUUGAAGGAAGGACUCCGAAUUGCUGUGCUACACAGGCAGAGGUAUCUGACUUUAAUCCAUACUGUUCUGUGGGAUAAGGAGAAGGACACGUUGGAUCUGUAUGAAUCAGCAGUAUCUGAAUUUGAUCAGAGUAUGAAGGCUGUGCUUAAGGUUUACCUUGAGUAUGUGCAGCAGUGGGUGCUUAUGGUACAACAGGAGGGUUAUCAGAAGAACCUCUUGGAGGAGGAAUGGUGCUUUGUGAGAACAACUUGUCCAAGAAUCCCUGGUGGGGAGGGAAUGGCAAGCAAUACCUUUUGUCAUAUAGCAAGCAGAAUGAUAGGAGCCAUUGGAGAUCAACUUGUGUCAGGAGCUGAGCAGCUGAAAAAGAAUAUGUGGAAUUGUGACACAUCAGAUGAUGACUCUUCACCAAAGCAAGCAAUGUUAACAGUGUGUCGAGAAUUUCAAAUUCUAUUCAAUGAAACUCGGGAGAAAGCUUUAAAAGCUGUUGCUUUCUCCAAAACUCUUAGAAAAGAUCUAGAGAAUGGAGCUUUUAAAGAAGGAAUUAGCCGACAAUGUAAUGCUGUAAUUGCGGAAGCUUUAGAAGAACUGAAGGAUGAAAUAUUAGCAUUUCGAGUUUCCAUAACUUCAACUCUGAUAAGCGCGGAAGAAACCUGUGAUGUACGAGAUAUGUCAGAAGUGGAUGACAUGGAGAAAAGUGCACUCUUGUCACGGUGUAGAGAAAUACUGCAUCAGGGAUACAAGUUCGGUUUUGAGUACCACAAAGAAAUAUGCCGUUUAGUGACAGGAGAUGCUCAUGAGAAGCUGGCGCGGGGGAUGGUCAGUUUUGCACAGCAGUGGAUGUGCUUUGUCAAGGAUCGUUGUGAACGAGGAAGGGGGUUAAGACCCAGAUGGGCUAAUCAGGGUUUGGAUUUCCUCAUGACAGUCUGUGAACCUCAGAAUACAAAUUUCCUUAAUGAUCAGGAGUUUGAGGCUUUGAAGAGCAAUAUUGAUGAAUGCAUCUCCCACGUAAUUGGAACAGCAACACCUACCAGCUGUACUCCUCCAUAUCACCCUCACAAUUCACGGUCACCAUUAGAUCAUUGUCCUCGUUCACGGGGGUCCUCCCCUUCUCCCCGCUCAAGGACCCCUUCAUACAGGGUGUCCCAUUCCCAGCCAGACAGUACAAUAAAAUCAGCCUCACCCACAACCCAGCGUUCCCUGUCAGCACAGAAUAGUCAGAGUGGUGCAGACAGCCCCAGUGAAACAGUAGAUGACAUUGUGGACGGAGUCGUGGCAGAGACUCUUCCCAUUCCUCAUAAAGCAUUGCUUCGGAUUGAACGAGUGCGGGAAGCUGUCAGAAAUCUGGAUAGAUCCCUAGAAGAAAGGUUACAUUCCCAAGAGCUGAUAGGUUCAGUCACUGAUGUUGAGUCUGAAGACAAGAUCCACAUAAAAUCACGUAGCGUCACCUUUAGUUGGCAGAGAGGCAUCAAAAUUGGUCAAGGUCGAUUUGGUAAAGUGUACACAGCUGUUAACAAUCAAACUGGUGAAAUGAUGGCAAUGAAGGAGAUUCAGUUGCAGCCAAAUGACCACAGAACAAUCCGCAGGGUGGCAGAAGAGCUGCGUAUAUUUGAAGGCAUCCAGCACAGUAACCUUGUGCGGUACUAUGGUGUGGAAAUCCACAGAGAAGAGAUGUUAAUCUUCAUGGAAUUCUGCGCAGAAGGCACUUUGGAGAGCCUUGUAGCUGCAGCAGAGAGCAGUGGUCUCCCUGAAGUUCUGAUCCGUCGAUAUACUCGACAGCUGCUACAGGCUGUGGCCACUCUCCAUGAUCAUGGUGUUGUGCAUCGUGACAUCAAAAGUGCAAAUAUCUUCCUAACAGAUGAAGGAAACUGCCUCAAACUGGGAGACUUUGGCUCAGCGGUGAAAAUCAAAGCCCAUACUACUCUGCCAGGGGAACUGCAGGGCUUUGUUGGAACACAAGCAUACAUGGCACCAGAAGUGUUCAUGAAGACGAAUACUGAAGGUCAUGGCAGAGCAGCAGACAUUUGGUCUGUUGGCUGUGUUGUUGUCGAAAUGGCUUCGGGCAAGCGUCCUUGGGCAGAGUUUGACUCCAAUUAUCAGAUCAUGUUCAAAGUAGGAAUGGGGGAGACGCCUGCUGUUCCAGACAGUCUUAGUGAGGAGGGCCGUCAGUUUUUGCAGCUCUGUCUCCAGCAUGACCCACGACAACGAGCCUCUGCAAGUGAACUUCUUCAUCAUACUUUUGUCAAGAUUGAUGAGGAUGAUGAAAGCCUCUCUACUGAUAUACCUUCACUUGUUGAAGACUUUCUGAAAGUUGGUAUCAAGAAGGAUGUAAAAUAGCCACCAACUUUGGAAAGGGCUUCUCACGUCACUGAAGUACUGGUACGUAAGCGUGAUGCUGUGAGUAUGGAGCUAUGAGCAUAAGAAGCAAAAUAGUGGAGUCUGUCUCUUUGCUGUACUGUCACUGAGGAAUUAUGCAAAUAUACAGACUUACAGCGAAGCUCAUGAUGGGCUUUCUGUAUCUCUAUGUGACAUAAUACCAUGUGUAAAGGAGCUGAUAAGUUGUAAAGCUGUUUUGCCUUUAGUGUUGUUCUGAAUGGUUUCAGGACUAUAAUUAUGAAGUUCUUUUUGGAUUUGUCUUAUGUAAUCAUAUCCUUUGUUUACUUUAUGUGUGCAUCAUGUUGAAGUUAUAUUUUCAGGCCAGGUUUCUUGUGGAUACACUUCAGGUUGAUGUCAGUAGUACAGACUUUUAUAGAUGAUUAAUAUUUAUAUAUUAGGGACAUGAUCCAAAAACUGCUUGUAAUUUUUUGUUUUUAUAUAGUGACACUUAUAUAGUACAUUUUAUUGUAUAUAGUGCAUUACAGUGUCUGUUUUAGCUGUCUGUGACCAGAAACAGUGUUUGGAAUGAUUAUUCAGUUUAGAGGAUGCUUGUUACUUGUGACUGUGAACAAUUACAACACUUUCACUGUUCUACACAAUCUACAAAUAUUUACAGCUCAUUCCAAGUUUUCUCCUGCUGGCUUGACAUACUCAUUUCUUGGUAGCGGUUUGCAGCAGAGGAAUUCUCUCUGCUGCUUCUGUGCUCAGUGGCUUGUGCCCUCAGUGCUUGAAGACUGACUGCUGACAGUUGACAGUGGUCCUGUCUGUCGGUUGGUGGGUUGGGUAAAUGGUCGUGGUUGGUCAGUUAGUCGGGCAGUCUGGUAAAUUGCUGGAUCUGACUCCUGCGGGACACAGCCAAGUUUUACUGUCUUCUUGACACCUGUACUCUUGGUCCUCCAUAUUUUAUUUCAUGACAGACCGCAUAGAAAAUGUUGCCUCCAACAGUCCCUCUGUUGUUGAGUGCAUAUUCAUUGCUUGGCCCAAGUAGCCUGUAGGGAUACUACAACUUCCUCUGCUCCAAGGGGACAUGCCUGUGAUACUUAUUAUCACCCUGGAGAAUAGCAUUACACGAUGCUGGUCCUGACACUUCUUCCACUUUUGAUGACAUCCAGUCUUCAUUCCUCAUAGAUUAGGUCUCAUACUGCUGAUCUCCAACUGCUCCCUCCUUAGUGCUGCUAGUCUUGAGCAGCUUCCUGGUAAAGUGCCAGUUGGCACAGGUGUACUACCAUCAUCUUUGUUCUAGAAUGUUGCUGAAUCCUGUACACCACAUCAUUGAUUUGGGUGACUGCCCUGUAUGGGCCAUCCCAUGAUGGCUGGAGUGUGGGUGACUUUCCUUUAGUCCAAGUUGAGCGAUAUGGCCACACUUGGUCACUCUCCUGGAAACCCGUGGAACUGGCCAGGCAGUCAUAGUGUGCUUUCAUUCUGUUGCUGGCCUGCUUCAGAUAUUGGCAGACAUACUGGUGAAUGUUGCAGAAGUGAGCUAUGUGGUCAGUGGUGGGUCAUUUCUUGUUGUGGGAAAGGGGGUGGGGGCCACGGGCCAAGGGAUAGACUGAAUUAUCUUUCUGUUUCAUAUUUGUCAUACCCAAAGCUAGUGUCCUGCCCUUGUCCUUACCCUUCUCUUCAUACAAAAUCAACGUUUUCUUCAGUCUCCAUAGAGCUUCUUUGUUUCAGAUCCUUUAUGUCAGUGGUUCUCAAACAUUUUCAUGUCACCACUCCCUUGGUUCCACAAACUCAUCCCCAGUGCCCCCAGCCCUACCCUAUAAAGUGUUUUUCAGAAUAGCCAUUUGCAGAACCCACUAAUGAAUGUCAUAACAAUAAAAUGAGAUACCACAUUUACUAACUUCUUCACUGUUAGCAAAUUGUUAACACAAUGGAUGACUGGGGGGGGGGGUCACUUCCAGAGCCCCCUUGCCGCUGACCAUCACCCGAGGAUGGUACAGUCCUUUUUGAAACCACUGCUUUAUACCAUUCUCGUGGUCUGCUGUUAUAGAUUCCAGGUCCGUCGUCUGUCUCUCCAGUACAUGGUUCUUCUCAUUAGCUAUUCUUAAGAGAGACUUGCAAGCAAGAAAAUUGAUACUGCAAGAAACCACAUUCUUCUUAUUUUGCUCUAUAUUUAUUUCACCCAGACCGCCUCUGUAGUCUAGUGGUCAGAGUUCCUGGCUACAGAUCCAG